UUUAGUUAUUUUGGCUUCUCUGACGGCGUCGUGUCGUAACCCCACUCUUCCUUUUAUUUACCCGUUACUGUCUGUUUCUUUAUUUCACACAUUUUUAUUUCUACUUCUACCGAACCAGAGAAUUCUUCCGCUCCCCUCUGCGCGCAGUCUCUCUUUAGGGUUUGGCGGAUCGAAAGUGUGGCGGAUUGAGAUUCGAGUUUUUCAUUUUGUGGGAAGGGGUGGGGAGACGGAAGGGAAGGAUUGGUGGACCUUGGCCUAGGGGAGGGUUACUGGCCACCCCUUUGUGUUGUUUGCCAUCCCAAGGAAUUGUAGGCUUCUGCCUAGAAGUUAAAUGGCUGGUAGGAUUCCUCAUCCCACUUUGAAAGGACCCAACGUAGUGAAGGAGAUCAUAAUUGGAAUUACACUUGGCAUUGCUGCGGGAAGCGUAUGGAAGAUGCAUCAUUGGAAUGAGCAGCGAAAAGUCCGGGCAUUCUAUGAUUUGUUGGACAAAGGUGAAAUCACCGUGGUAGCUGCUGAAGAAUAAAUAUCCUGUAAUUUUCCCAAUUGUUUAUGCGCAUUUUGAUACAAUGAUGAUUGGCUUCCCCAUCAGUUGGCUCUUGAAUUGGACAUGAGCUCAUUAGUCUGGAUUUUCAAUGGAAUAAGUUGUAUGGGAUUUCCCUUGUCACUUGACACUUAUGCAAAUACUUCUUUUCUUUAACACUUUCUUUUGGGCCGUUUUGGCUGCAACUCUUGGAUUUUAUUUUAUAUCUUAUGUUGGA